AUGACUAUCUGCUCCGGGUGCGGAGCCGCGACCGAUGCCACCAUAUGCUGCCCCAUAUGCCUGAAAAACAACAAGAAGAUAUUUUACUGCUCGCAAGAAUGUUUCAAGAAGAACUACAGUGAACACAAGAAAAUCCACUACUUCAUGAAAAUGAUAAGCAGCGAAGAAAUGCACAGCAAAAUGCUGGAGCGGGAUGGCAACAGCGAGAGGCACAAUUUGCCCGUGAUAAUACUGGGUGACGAGAAGGGCGACGAUAAUGUGCGGGAGGCGAUGGACAGGUCGUCCUUCCAGGGACACCUUGCGACGGAGCUUGGCAACUCUGACGUUAGCGGAAACUAUGACGCUAGCGACCAUCGUGAGGGGGGCGAUCCCUACCCAGCCAGUGUGGAAACCAAGAAAGGCCACAAAAAUAGCAAGUUUGGAAAUAUGUACCGGAAACAGAAUAACAACAAAUAUAAAACGAUAAGCAACAAUGACUACCUGUUUGAUGACUCUAGUGAUCAGAAUGAGACGAAUGACAAAAACUCCUGCAAAGGAAACCACAAAAGAAGCAAAAUGUCCACAUACAUGCACAAUCUGUCAAGCUACCUCUUUUCCAAUAAGUACAACAUGAUAUUGCCAUACUAUAAUGAUAUUUCGGUGAAUCCAGACAAAAUUAACUUAAAAAACGCAAAGGGGAAAAAUAAACUGAGCGAAAAAAAGAUACAGGAAAUAAAAAAACAGAUAAAGAAGAAGAGAAUUUUCCAACUCACCAUUCUCCUGGUAAUCAUAUCGAUUGUUGUCAUUUUGGCUACCUGUAUAUUCUCCUAUAUCCUUGAAACAUCACAGAAGAAUCUCCAAAUAAACUCAGAAGUUUUAUUAAACAAAAAUAAUGCUGCGAAGAAUGCCGAGAUUGUGGAACUGAAGUCCUACAUCAACGUCAUAGAAGAUUUGCGAAAAGAAAUUUAUGAAAUGAAGGAAGUUCUCUACACACAUAAUGUUUUUUUAAGUAAAAAUUUUAACCUGAACAUGUCAUACAAUUUAUUUAACAAUUCGAACAAAAUGAAGACAAGCCCUGGUGCUACGCAUAGUAAGAAGACGGCAGAUAAGUUGGGCAGUCUUACUUCGCACCUGUUUUAUGAUAAGCCCUCUUCUACCUCCGAUGGGAUUUAUACUUAUGGGAAUGCUGCAGGACAUGAAAAAGCUAACCAUGUUGACAGCUCCGUACAGCUAACUCAACAGCAUUAUGAUAUUAAUGAUAUUCACGAGGUAAGCAAUGGCACCGAUGGGGAGAUCGCUAAGCAUGAGGGGGGAAAGAUUAAUCUUCCCAAUCACACAGAUGGGGAAGGAGAACAUGGCCAUCCCCAAAUGAAAGAUUUGGGCGAAUCGUUUCGAUUGAGUGGUGUAGAAAAUGCCGACAAAUCUGUAGGAGCGGAUACACCUUCACAAAAUGGGGAAUCUGAACCAGGGCUGCCGAAGGAGUAUGCAGCAAGUGGUGGGCGUCCCUUUGGGGAGGUACACAUGGGUGGUGAAAAGACUAGCGAUUUGAGUGGAAACCCGCUCGAAAGUGAAAACGAACUGGUGCAGGAAAAUGUGAAAAAUUUUAUAAAAAAUCACAACAUGCCGAAUAAUCUGGAGCAGGCAACAAUACGUAACGUAAUCGUCAAUGAAGAGAAACCCAUAAACUCCAAAUAUCUCAUGACAAAACAUAACGGCGCCACGAGUGACACGCAGGAAGUGGAGAUAAACAAUGCGCCCAAUGAAAAUGACAUACAUAGUCACGAGGAGAAGCUGAAAAAUAAGUAUACCUCCAAAGGGGAGGGAGGUGAAGGGGACAACAACACAGAGAGAAAAUUCGUCAAUAGCAAACUCAACAAAAAGAAACAAAACACGAUUUGA